AGCUGCAGACUUUGUUCCAUCACUAGUUCCACAGAGGCAACAACAUCCAUGUCCGCCUCGCCGGAACCUACCGCCUCCGAGGCUGGUACCGCAGUAGCCACGCCCUCCAUUGUACUUUCGAUUGCCGUUGCGAACGGGGAUGCGAUUGACUUCCCGCUGCCGGAAUCUGGUCUCACGGUCGAGGCACUGUUGGAUCUCGUGAAGGUGCGCUUCAGCCACACGACACCGGUGCCGCGGAGUUUUCUUGCUUUGGUGGACAACGAUCAAGAUUCGGUAAAUUUUGCUACGCAGUUCGACGCCAAGGUGGAGUUGCAGUAUGACGAAAAUAACCUUGGUCACGAAGAGCAGGAACCGGUGCUCGGGCUGUUCUGUCCCGUUGCGGAGAAAAUGCUGGUAGCGGAGCAUUCCGGCGAGUUUUUGCUGCUGGUCUUGCCAGUGGAAGUGCCUUCUCCGUUACCGAGUCCGGGUCGCACGUAUCCCAGGCUGUACUUGGAGGACCGUACCCGGGCUGAUACUUCUGCCAUCUGGUUUCCACAGCUGAUUUUGCGCCCUGAUGUCAUCAACGACAGCAGGGCUAUGGAUUGGGUGCUUCGACAAGUUGCAGAUGCCGUAGGUGGACUCGAAGAGUCACAGAAGCUCAUGCUUGACGGGGUCAAGUUUUGGAAAGCCGUCGCGAAUUGUCGUGGCCGUUUCCUGUUCGAGCUUGCAACGGAGCAGGGCUGCAAGCUGCACGUUGACGGGCUCGGUCUUUUCCACUACCGCGAUCGUUUCUUGGGUCUGGAUCUGUGGACUUUCCUGCUGAAGUUCAAUAAGAAAGCCGGAUAUUUCGCUGUGAUCAACUUUCUCGAGGACGUAUAUGGAACUUCCAAAGGGAUAGAACUGGUCGAACGCGCUCGUGAUCUGCAGCAAGAUCAACAUUGCCAGUAUGGUGGCUUCAUUGGCACACCCGAGGUGGAGCCCUGGCUGGAACUCCCCCACGAAGUAACUUACUGCGCUCGCGGAUGGGUCGACCUACUGGAGUGGAAGCUUGACAUUCUUUCUGUUCAGCGCGAAGCAAAAAACGAGGGGCCGAUUUCCAUGCUUGAUCAUACCGAAGAAAGAACACCCGUCCUGGUUUGUCUUUUCAAGGCAGCACUACGAUACCAGCAAAAGGAAGUGCUGCAUCUUCUCGCCGACCGCUUUCCGCGUAAUUUUUUGUCGUUUGCGAAACUCUAUCGGACGGAGAGCGGCGUCAUUACAUCCGGUGAGUACCUUGGCAGUUCUUCAACAUGGUUUCGCAAUUUUUUGCACGAGUCCUCUGAGGCAGAGUGUGCGUGUUUGACCGAAGUAGUGGCGAGCUUGACCGCGAAAAGAGUUACUACUGAUACGGUCGCCGCAAAAACAAAGAUCGAGUCGCACACGACCGCCACGUCUACUCCGACUGAAGAUGCAGGAGAGGUGACGGAGCUGAGACCAGAUGAAACUCUAGGCCUUUUUCCUUCCGGGACUGUCCCAUCGAGCCAGGGAAGGAAGAAACUUGUUUUGCAGUUUCCCGCGACUUUGGGGCCAACCGACGGACGAACAGAUCAGAACGGGCAGCAAGCAGUGUGUACGGCGACGGGACUCGUGCCGCUCCAUAAGAGUGGCUGCAAAUGCGCCAAAUGCGGCUAUGCACUCUCGCGCGUCAAAGAAUAUGGCUUCUACGUUCGCCGGAAACUUUCGAAGGUGAUUCCCGCUCUCGCCGAGUCGCGCGUGCUCCAAGACUUGUUCCCGGGCCGCGGGGCUCUGCACAUCGACACCAAGGGAUACGAGGGGGAAUGCGAGAAGCUGAUCAGCCACGAUUUGAGCAAGGUACUUUCUUCACAUUCGAUUGAAAUCUUGUACAGGGUUGUGUUUUGCUUCUGUGCUAAUGCCAACGAAGCUCUUCUGUUCUGCACGUCUCGGCUUCGAAAAAAAAUCCAGAUUGAGGAUCUACAUCUUCUCGGGAGAGUCCAGUUUUCUCGGAAGUUCGAGUGCGUGUCCGCCGACGGAAAUCGUGUGAUGGUCACUGUCCCGGGUUCUGCGAAUGAUUGGGCCCGAGUCACGAGCAGAGUCAAAAAGUUUGAGGCUCUGGCACCAGUGGCUUUGGUCCCAAGCGAGAAGAGCGAAAGAUGCCUGCAUGUUGUCGCCAUGCCCGGACCAGAUGAGAGCAGCGGUACGCGAUGGCAGAGUCUGAGCGGCCAGCAGGGGGUCUGGCGUGGCAUCGUUCCGGGGCACGUGGUGAAUGUGCAGCGAAAUCUCGACCAUUUGCGAGCGGAAACUGUGCCGCAUGGAAGCAUCGUGCAGCACAAACGGAUGAGUCAGGUGAACGGGAUGCCGGGCGCGAAGUUCUACUCGGAUGUCAACAAGCAGUGCGUGACGAUUAGUCGCGGGGAUCGGUCGGGCCGCUGGAGGGUCAGCACUGAAGACCGACGACACUUCUUGUCGCAGAAGUCAAAGCAAAUUGUCGGUUUUGAUGUUCUGACAACUUGUACUCCAGCGCCAACUGCGAUCGAUCUGUGCAAUAGCUUCCAUGGGGUGAUUGGGCGUUGUCGGAUUUUCGAUCGUUUGCGAGCUAGUAGGUUCAAUUUUGGAGCUGGUACUACCAGAUGGUUUCGAUUUUGAUGUUUUUGAACUCAAGCUUUUCCCGGAUAAAAAAUGAACCUUACACGUGAAAAAUAUAUCACAGAAAUAAUGAACCGAGCAAUCAAUUUAUGGAGAUUCAGAUAGUGAAAAUACUUCCUCUAGAAGUAACUGCUAGCUGAGCUUGUGUUUUAGCUGAAACGGUUUUGCUCUGUCGUAGGUAAGGACAAGUUUCAAUUUUGCACCGGCAGCAGUCAAUGUAUCGUUACUGUUUCAAAUUUGCCCGCUGAGCUUGUCUGUGUCAGGCUAGGUCUAAUGUGCUGUAACUACCAAAGGCUGUAGUUUGCUCGCAGGAGUAAAAAAUUCUAUGUGGAUGGGACUUCAGUUUUGGGUCGUAAUCGCUAGCACCGCAACAUCACUGCCCACGGAAAAAUCGUGACGCG